ACAUUUUUCUCAUGUUGAAUUCCGCGUUUGCAAUUUAAUUCGAUUUUGCUUAUGACUUUAAACAAACCAUAGAUUUGGAUUUUAUUUACGUUUUUAAAAGAAAAAUAAUCUGUUGAGCGAAUCCCGGUCUCCCAGCUGUAACAGAAAUUAUGAAGGCUGACCCAUUUGAGAUUUUAAUAUUCCUUCUUUCCUUCACCGAAAGUGCUUUAUUUGUUUCCAUUCAGUAAUUUUGAAAUUUAAAUGCAAGCUGGACAUGGAGAAAAAUGCGACAUACAUUUGUGAUGAUUGCAAAGAAAAUAGAUAUGCCAGUGAAAAUAAAUCAAAAUUUUUUGAAUGGGUGUUUUCAUUAAAAUCCCCAUUCCGCUGUACUAAAUGCUCAAAGUACUUCAACAUUGCAUUCAAAGUUACAGAUAAAAUAUCAUUGAUUGACCCGUCAAAAAAUUCAGCGCCAGAAUUAAUUGCUGGGCAGUGUGAAAACGUGCGUAGCGAUAAAGGAUCCAGAAACGAACAUAGCAUAGAAGUAAACCAGCCAAUCGAUUUAAAUGAAAAAUCGUACAAAUGCGAUAUUUGCCUUCGAACCUUCAAAACUAGAUCAGCAAUUUGUCGUCAUAAGAAACUACACAAUGAGAAUAAUCCUUUCAAAUGCGCGGUGUGUGAUAGGCAGUGUACAUCUAAAUCCAAUUACCUGAUCCACAUGAACAAACAUUCCAAGGAAAGGCGUUAUAAAUGCAGUUUUUGCACUGGGGCUUUUAAAUAUAAAUGUAAUCUUCAGGCCCACAUGAGCAUACAUAAUAAGCAAAAACCUUUCACGUGUCAAUUGUGUAAAAAGAGUUGUACCAAUAGACAAGAGCUUGAAAGACACAUGGCCAGUCAUUCGAAUGAAAAGCAUUACAAAUGUUCUGUAUGCACUUCGAUGUUUAAAACUAAAAAUAACCUAUCUACCCAUAUGAACGUACAUAAAGAGCAGAAUCCUUAUCGAUGCCAAGAGUGUAAUAAAAACUGCACCUCCACAUUGAAUCUGAAAAUGCACAUGUUGACUCAUUCCGGAGAAAGACCUUACAAAUGCCAUAUUUGCAAUUCAUCCUAUAAAGCAAAAUAUCAACUUAAUGCUCACAUGAAGAAGAAACAUCAAGAGGAUCAUUUGAAAUAGAAGGGGAAAAGUAGAAACUCUGUUUUUUUUGUUUUUUUUUAUUCGUGGUUAGUGUUUUAUAUUCAAGUAAUUGCUCGUCCUGUAAUAGGAUUUUAACAUAAAAAAAUAAAUUAAAAAAAUUAUUGCAAUUCAUGUGUACAGUUAUGUUA